GCAUUACAUCACGUGAAAGAAGCGUGCAGUGAAAUGGGAGUGAGAACAUGUGAGCAGCACAUGUUUUUGAAAUGAAUAGUAAAUUUCAACCUUUUGUCACUCAUAACACUAUUGAAAGGAAUAGUGUCUUCAACUACAACUUUUAAAAGGUGUAAGAUGUAAGAUAAGAUCUGCAUCUCCCCAGUCCUCUGCAUAUUUGUCAUCAGCAUGUAAAAACCUCUCACUGCUGGAUGCUAAUAAGCUUAAAAACCAAUAAUGAUUAAAUGCGACGAGCAAAACCAGAAAGAGGUUUCAAUCAAUUUUGGAUGCUACCCAAAUUCACAGGCUUUCCAUGGAGCUCCCUCUCUUUUCCCUCUCGCCUUUCCGUUCGUUUCUUCACCACCCAACAAUACUUCUCAAUAUUCACUCUCGCCCACAUUCUUUCAUCUCAACAAUCAUAUAUGCAGAAAUCUCAGAAAAUUUUCGAGGCAAUGGAAGCUUGUUCAUCUGUUGAUUCUGUGCCCAUUUCUCGAAAACUCCAUGCCCAGAUGAUUUCCACUGGCUUAAACUCCUCAAUUUUCCUCCAAAAUAAUCUCCUACACUUGUACUACAAUCUGCGUUUGGUUGAUGAUGCUUUCUGUGUUUUCUCCGAGGUUAAGUUCCCUAAUACUUUUACCUGGAAUACUAUGAUCAAUGGGUUUGCGCAAUGUCGGCGGAUUCAUGAUGCAGCUGAAGUGUUCAAUGAAAUGCCUCAGAGAGAUGUUGUUUCAUGGAACAGCAUGAUGUCUGGCUAUUUCAACAAUGGAAGACCUGGGGAUAGUAUCAUGGUGUUUAUUGCACUCUUGCAAGAUUGUAUUAUUUCUCCUGGAUUUUUUUCUUUCUUGUGUGCUAUGAAGGCUUGUUCUAGUCUAAAAUGCCUUAGGCUGGCAAAUCAGUUGCAUUGUUUAGCAGUGAGACAUGGAUUAUGUAAUGAUACUUCAGUUAGUGCUUCUAUUCUUGAUAUGUAUGUCAAAUGUGGUGCUAUUGAUUAUGCUGAUCAAGUUUUUAGUGGGAUGCUGAAUGCUAGCUUGUUUUGCUGGAACAGUAUGAUCUAUGGUUACUCGAGAUCGUAUGGUGUUGAAAGUGCUCUUGAUUUGUUCUAUAGGAUGCCCAAACGUGAUGAUGUUUCAUGGAGUACUAUCAUUUCCUUGUUGUCUCAACAUGGGUUUGGAGCUCAAACUCUGAAUAUGUUUAUUGACAUGUGUGAUCAAGGCUUCAAACUGAAUUCCAAGACAUAUGCUAGUGUUAUUGGCGCAUGUACAAGUUUGCAGUACUUGGCUUGGGGUUGCCAUUUGCAUGCUCGGAUUCUCAGAAUGGAAACUGGCCUUGAUGUAUACACUGGUAGUGCGUUUAUCCACAUGUAUGCUAAAUUUGGGCGCUUGGAGUAUGCAAGAAGAGUAUUUGAUGGCUUAGCUAAGUGUAGUGUGGUUUCGUGGACCUCUUUAAUAGGAGGUUAUGUGCAGUACAAUCUCAAAGAGAAAGCUUUAACACUCUUCAACAAAAUGAGGAAGAUUCCUCUUGCUCCUGAUGAAUUUACAAUUGCAACCGUCAUCGGAGCAUGUAAAAGUCACGAGGACAGAACUCUGGGGCUGCAGCUUCAUGCAUACAUAAAGAAGACAGGGAUGGAUUCCUCAAUACCUACAGGAAAUGCACUUAUUACAAUGUAUUCGAAGGUUGGUAAUGUCCAGGAUGCAGAAAUUCAGUUUGGUUUGAUGCCCGUCAAAGAUAUAAUUUCAUGGACAGCAAUGAUCACUGCAUUUUCUCACAUCAGUGAUGUUGUAAAGUCUCGUGAGUGCUUUGAUAGAAUGCCUGAGCGAAAUGUUGUAUCAUGGAACUCAAUGAUGCAAGUGUAUGUACAAAACGGGUUCUGCGAAGAGGUUUUUAGGUUGUAUAUAUUAAUGAUAGGAAAUGGGAUUAAGCUAGAUUCUAUCACUUUUGCAACUUCAAUUAGUGCCUGUGCAGAUUACGCAUUAUUGAAACUGGGAACACAAAUUAUGGCUCAAGCUGAAAAGUUUGGCUUUGGUUUACACAUUUCAGUUGCAAAUAGUGCAAUCACUAUGUAUUUCAAAUGUGGACAGAUCACUGAAGCAGAGAAGGUUUUUGAGGCUUUAGCUCUGAAAAAUGUGAUAUCUUGGAAUUCAAUGCUCGCUGGAUAUGCUCAAAAUGGUCGAGGAAAGAAAGUAAUUGAGAUGUUCGAAACGAUGACGAUGCUUAACUAUGCACCUGAUGAGAUAAGUUAUGUCUCACUUUUAACAGGUUGCAGCCAUGCAGGACUAGUGCGUGCAGGAUGCCAUUAUUUCAAUUCCAUGACACAAAUUCAUGGUAUCUGUCCAACACAUGAGCAUUAUGCUUGCAUGGUGGACCUGCUUGGCCGAGCUGGACUUGUUGAGCAAGCCUUCACUUUUAUAACUCAAAUGCCUUAUAAUCCAACAGCUGAUAUUUGGGGGGCUCUUCUUGCUGCUUGUCAUAGUUAUAGAGACACAGAAGUAGUAGAAUUUGCUCUGAGAGAAUUGCUUGAACUAGAUGUAAAAGGAUUAGGGAGUUAUUCUCUUUUGGCUAACACAUAUUCAGAAUUAGGGAAAUCAGAACAUGUAGCUAGUGUCAGGAAAAUAAUGAGAGAAACAGGAAUCCAAAACAAUCGUGGAUGUAGCUGGAUUGAGAUUCAUGAGAAAGUGAAUGUGUUCACUGCAAAUUGCUGUAGCCACCCACAAAUGGCUGAUAUUCAUGACAUGUUAGAAAGCCUGUCUCUAAUAAAAUAUGUGAAAAGCAAUGUAAAUAUCGAAGUUUUGCUGGAUCUUGAGAAAGAAGAUAAUGAUUUUGGUUUAGUGGCAAGCAGUUGAAGCUCCAACUGCAGUAAUUGUGUAUUCUUCAUUGGCCAACGUGAUUUUUCUUUCCCUUCGCUUUCGGUUGAUAAGGCACUCGUUUUGCUAAACUCUAUGGAGCAAAAUACUUUUGAAAUGCCCAACUAGUAGAUCAUAUAUUCUUAAACACAUUCCCUUGACAUUCUCUGAUUGAAUAACGUUGUUGGGAAUUUGGAGAUUGAGGAUUUAUGGAGACUAAAAAAGGGUUGUGACUGAAAAAGAAAGACAACUUCUUGUGACAUUGAUACUCAACCGUUUUCAUCAGUUGCAGGAUAUUACCAUUUGGAAGUAGAUGGCAUGAGUGAAACACUUUCUGAGUUGAUGGCUUCUCUAGAUCACAACAACGUUGUUAAAGCAGAUGUUCUUAUAGCACUCUUGAAGCAUUAAAUUUGGUCGUCAUAGUCAAGAUAUAACUAUGAACAUUCUACUUUUUAUGUAGUCUAUAUUAAUCUAAAUAUUCAAAUUAUUGCUGCUUAUGAUGAUAACUACUCAAACCACUAGAAGUACAUUACUCCUAAGCUCAAUAAUGGUAUAUACGUGGUGUGUCUACCCAACUACUAUGUUUCACUAUGUACAGUUACUAUUUUAAUGUAGUCUGAUCAUAUUUUGAUGAA